AUGACUCAAGAUAAGAAAAUAUCAGUUGCCUUUGUUUGUUUAGGUAACAUCUGUCGUUCCCCAAUGGCUGAAGCAAUUUUUAAACACAAAGUGAAAACACUGGGUUUAUCAGAUCGUUUCAACAAAAUAGAUUCAUUUGGUACAGGUGCUUAUCAUGUUGGCGAUUCACCAGAUUUCAGAUCAAGAGAAACUUGUGAAAAACAUGGUGUUCCAGUAGAUCAUUUUGCUCAACAGUUUAAAGCUAAACAUUUUAAUGAAUUUGAUUAUGUGAUUUGUAUGGAUGAAUCAAAUUUGUACAACCUUAAUGAAAGAAUAAGAUCAAAGACUUCAACAAAGAACAAGGCUAGAUUGUUCGGGGAAUGGAAUACUGGUAAAAAAUUCAAUCAAAUCGUGGAUGAUCCUUAUUAUGGUGGUAUUGAUGGCUUUGAAUAUAAUUUUCAACAAUGUUCUUAUUUCAGUGAAGAGUUUUUGAAAAGUGAAUUAUAG